CAACAUGCGCGUGGAUACACGCACGAGGGAAGGGACCAGAGUUGGAGCGGCUCCGGCAACGAUCAGCGACCAUGCCGAAGCAGAAAACAAAGAAGUACGCUGUGAUGAAGAGAAUGAUCAGUCCGAAAGACCCAAGAGUAAAAGGGAAAGAUCGUGCCAAGAAGCCAGAGAAAAAGAAGAAGGACCAGUCACAGCUGACGGUGACCGAAGUCCCCAAAUACCCGUCAUGCCUGUUCUUCCAGUACAACACCCAGCUUGGACCACCGUACCACGUCCUUAUCGACACCAAUUUCAUCAACUUCUCCAUCAAAGCCAAACUGGACAUAGUUCAGUCCAUGAUGGAUUGUUUGUAUGCAAAAUGUAUCCCGUACAUCACCGACUGUGUGAUGGCUGAGAUUGAAAAGCUUGGAAUGAAGUACAGAGUCGCACUCAGGAUUGCGAAAGAUGCGAGGUUUGAGCGUCUCCCGUGCUCUCACAAAGGAACCUACGCUGAUGAUUGUCUGGUCCAAAGAGUCACACAGCACAAGUGUUACAUUCUGGCCACAGUGGACAGAGACCUGAAGAGGCGAGUCAGGAAGAUCCCAGGAGUCCCAAUCAUGUACAUCUCCAACCACAGGUACAACAUUGAGAGGAUGCCGGACGACUAUGGAGCCCCGAGAUUCUGAUUCCACCCUGCCUUCACUUGUAAAUAGUCUGAAGUGAAUCGUCUUUUCUCUAUAAUAUUCUUUAAAGUUGAUUUAGAACAACUUCUCUUCUGAAUGUUAAUAAAUCCUUUUAAGUAAUGCAUUUAAGUGUUUCAAUUGUAGCGCC